AGAGCUUUCAAGUUUUGUAACAAAUUUGACAGCUAUGAUGUCCAGGCACGGGGAAGCUGUAGCCUGUCGACUCUGUUGCUAGCCAGUUAGCCAGCCAGCUAGUUAGCCAGUCGGAUAGGAGCCCCUCGUCACGCUGCCCUCAUGUCCUGCCCGGACGUGUCUUCACUUCGUUUACCCAUUCGCUUGCUUGUUUCGUUUCGUUUCGUUUUGCCGCUUUGAGGCGAGGUUCAUGUUGCUGGAUCCAAGCGGACAGGGACCUUGUCUGAGUUUGAGGUGCUUUGUAGACUGACGAGGGACGCGCGCCCGAGGAGAGGUGAUCUGGAUUUUGACAGGGGAAUUUCGUUGUUAGGUUGCCGUUUCUCGUGAGUUUGGAGCACUCGGGGAUUGUGAGGAGUUUCUGAGAGCGUAGAGGAGAUCGUGGUGCGGCGGUCCGGGGGAUCGCGGGGAUUUUAUGCAAGUGGGAGGUUGAACGGAUUGGCGCUGGGCUGGAAUUUUCGCGAUUGUAAGCACGAAAUCCCUCGAAGGUUGGAGUGAGAAGGGGGGAAGUAUAGAGCGAAAGGUUGUAGUGCCAUCUUUGGGUGGAGCAAUGGGCUCGGUGAAGCCUUCUGUUCGGUAUCGAGGCUCUGGAGUUACUUCAAAUGUCGCUGAAUCGACUGGAAGCAACGGCGUUAUUAAUGGAACUCCCACUACCAAUGGCCACAUUAAUCAUCUGCGUCAUGAAUUGUCUGCUUUUGAGAAAGAGGAGUUUGAUGCCCAGGCUUAUGUACAUUCUAAGUGUCAAUCUAUGAGUGAAAAGGACAUACGCAAAUUGUGCGGUGAUCUACUGGAUUUGAAAAAGUCGUCUGCAGAAGAAAUGCGCAAGAGCGUGUACGCUAAUUAUGCAGCUUUCAUAAGGACUUCCCGUGAGAUAUCCGAUGUAGAGGGUGAGAUUGUCGCCAUGAGUAAUCUUCUAAAAUCUCAGGCAAAACUUGUUCGUAGCUUGGCAGAAAGUGGGGUUUCUACAAUUGCAAGCAAUACAUCGGUGACUGAUACGGAAGGAAAGGGUCUUCCUCAGCAUGAAACGGAACCUUCACAGUUAGAAAGGGAAGCUCAGGCUAUUCCAGACUCUCUGGAUGUUCUACUAGCUGAGAAGAAAAUAAAUCAAGCCCUGCAGAUUUUAGAAGAAGGUGAUAGACUUGUUGCAGAGGCUUUUCACCCGAAUGGCCACGGGGGUAGAAUGAGCUCUGCCGCAGCUUCACAAUUACAGUUAGCUUUGUCUGAGAGAAGAGCUAGAUUAGCUGAGCAACUUGCAGAAGCCACUCAGCAACCUUUCUUUAGAGGUUCAGAGCUACGUUCUGCACUAGCAGCUUUGGAUAAAUUGGGUGACGGAACACGAGCACACACUCUUUUGUUGCGUUCUCAUCACAAGAGGCUUCAGCACAAUAUUACAGGACUUCGUCCUAGUGGGACAUCUUAUGGUGGGGCUUACACUGCUGCUCUCUCCCAGCUAGUUUUCUCUGCAAUCGCCCAGGCUUCUAGAGAUUCGGUGGCAGUAUUUGGAGAAGAACCCGCAUAUGCCUCAGAACUGGUGUUGUGGGCUCGCUCACAAACCGAGCUUUUUGCUUCUUUGGUGAAAAGAAAUGUCCUGUCGUCUUCGGCUGCUGCUGGAGGUUUACGAGCGGCUGCUGAAUGUGUGCAGAUCGCCCUUGGUCAUUGCCUGUUAUUAGAGGACCAAGGACUGGCUCUUUGCCCAGUCCUCUCCAAGCUCGUGAGGCCAAGUGUAGAGCAAGCUUUGGACGCUAACUUGACUAGAAUUGAAGAGAGUGUGGGUGCAUUGGCAGCAGCUGAUGAUUGGGUGCUUAGUCAUCCAGGUGCAAUGUUGCGCGGUUCAUAUGGAACGAGGUCCUCUUAUGGCGCUGGACAUGGUUCGUAUGUAAAGCUGUCCAGCAGUGCGCACCGGUUCAACUUUAUGGUGCAGGAUUUUUUGGAAGAUGUCGCCCCCUUAAUCAGCAUGCAGCUCGGAGGUCCUACACUAGAUGGUCUCUCUAUGCUUUUUGACCAUUAUGUUGACAUGCUAAUUAAGGCUGUUCCCAGUCCUGGGGAGGAUGAGGAAGGUGGAGCACCGAAUGGAGAGGUUCGGAAGGUUCGACCCGCAACUACAGAGAGUCAACAAUUGGCACUUCUUGCAAAUGUCUCUGCGCUCGCUGAUGAAUUUCUACCUCGAGCUGCCUCCAAGUUGGUUCCAGGUGGUAUGCAGACAGUUAUGAGCAGAGAUGAUUUGCGAUCAGCAACCCGCCGAGGUCGUGAUAGGGAUCAAGAAAGACAUCAACUUGGAACCGUGGCACAUCGCUUACCGGAGCUCAAGGAUUGGAGGCGAAGGUUACAGAGAGAAGUUGACAGACUUAGAGACCAUCUAUGUAGACAUCAUGUUCUUGAGUUAAUAUAUUUCUCUGAUGAACCCGAGUCUCAACUCAGCCCUGACACCUACUUGAAUCUUGAUAAUGGUGGUGGAAACCCCAACUGGCACCAAGAACCAAUGCCAUCUCUCGUCUUUCAGGCUUUAUUUCACAAACUGACCUCUAUCCAGCACACAACUGCAGAAUUGCUUUCAGGAAGAGAAAGAGUGGUGGUUGUGUUGCUCAUGCGACUUACCGAAACCUUAAUAAUCUGGUUGUCAGAAGAUCAGGAAUUUUGGAAUGUCAUAGAAGAUGGGGAGAAUAGUCUUGGCCCCAUCGGUCUACAACAAUUUGUUUUGGAUAUGCAGUUUAUCAUUCAGGUUGCCCUCAACGGUCGGUUUUCAUCAAGACACAUGCGCCAAGUGGUUAAUGAUGUCACAGCGAGGGCUGUUACUGCUUUUGCAGCGACAGGAAGUGAUCCCCACAGUGUGUUGCAAGAAGAUGAGUGGUUUUUAAAUGCAGCUCAAGAAGCAGUUCGCGUGCUUCUGGAAGAAUGGAAUACACAAGUCGGCAGUCCGACAGCGUCAAUUUCUGCACAAUCAACUUCAUCAUUCCGUUCUCAUGGAAGUGAAUAAGUUGUAUGUCAGUCACGUUGGAUGCUUUGUCAGGGAUGCCUAUGGAACUGACCAUGGAAGUGGACUCAAAUUGAAGUGUUUCUGCUCACAUGCUAAAAACUCAGGAUAGACCCAAGCGACGAAGGGACAUGGUGGUGUAAGCGUCGAAAUGUACGUGCAAUCAUUUGAUAUGAUUGCAUACAUCACCAUUAUGCAUGGAGAUGUUGCCCAUACCAGUAAACCAAGCCGAUUUACUUAUAUAAUAAUAAUAAUAAUAAUAAUAAGAAUAAUAACAUACAUAUUCAUAUAAUUGAAAUUAAAAGCUGAAAAGUUAUCCGUGGGUGAUGAGUCAAGUUGAGACAACUUGUGCUCAUUGACACCCUAGCUGCUGCGAUUCCACAUUUCCUGACGUCUAGGUUUUUAUUUUUCUUAAAGUGAAAUUUAUUUUCAAACAAUUGAAAACAUUUGGAUAGUGGUUCUUUUUAUAAUCUGAUAGCAGUAGAAAUUUAUUAAGCCCUUGGCAUUCAGUACUGUGUGCACAGGUUAGUUCUGAUGCACAUUGGGUCUUUACGUGUGGGCGGAUGUUGAGAAUUGUUACCUUUCAAUCCAAAGUGACCUGAUAUAUACAGAGGAGAUGCACAGCUGGGAAUGGAGACUUCGAGUAGCGACCUGUCGAAGUUUUUAUCUGCGACAGUUUGUAGGAUAUAAAGUUGGUUGCCUUGAGACUGUGUUGCGCUCCUGUGCGUAGACACCAUUCAUUGACGUUUUGCUUGAACAACUCCCUCACCGGGUUGUUUGUGUCAGUGUAUAUUGCUAGUUUUUUCACUCCCUCCAUCAAUUUACCAAGGUUGUCUCCGAACUCGAUGGAGUAGGGAGUGUUCAUUAUUUAUAAUAAAAAUGAGCUGUGUUCGCUA